AUGGCACCAAAGACUAAGAAGAAUUCCGACUUAAUGAACGCUAAGUUAGCUUUAGCUAUCAAGUCUGGUAAGUAUACACUAGGUUACAAGUCCACCAUCAAGUCCAUCAGACAAGGUAAGGCUAAGAUGAUCAUCAUUGCAGCUAACACCCCAGUCUUGAGAAAGUCUGAAUUGGAAUACUAUGCUAUGUUAUCCAAGACUGCUGUCUACUACUUCCAAGGUGGUAACAACGAAUUAGGUACUGCUUGUGGUAAGUUGUUCAGAGUUGGUGUCUUAUCCAUCUUAGACGCUGGUGACUCUGAUAUCUUAUCUAUUGGACAAAACUAA